AUGGCAUGCUCUUGCUCGUCGCUUCUUUUGGGGCUGUUGGCUCUGCUCUUGGCCUCGGGCCUAUCGGGUCUUUCGUGGUGUUGGAGCUAUGUGAAGGACCUGGAGAAGCGCGUUGCUACUGUGAGCGACGUGCAAGAUCUCCAGAGUCGCCUCGCAGCCUUGGAGGUUCGUUGUGCCAUGCAGCACCGCGCCACUGCGGCUGCAGCGACUGAGCCAGACAAGGGUGAGUUAAUGCCGUGGCCUUCAUCCAAUUCUGCCAGGCAUCUGUCCCAGACGCAAGAGAAACAGGACCACGAAGCCUCCGAUGUUUUGUCACGGUUUUUCCAUACUGACAACAAGACUUACAAACUUCGCAUGCGAGGGGCGAUGGCCGGGGCCGGGAUGCCACCGUCGACUUGGAAAACUCUUCCGGGCUCUACUAGUGAAGAAAGAGACGCUCAGAAAUUGACAUGUGCGGCAACAGUCGGAUAUAAGGACGAGGCUUUUGCUGUUCUGCAGAAGCAUCCACAGUUGGCAGAUCUAGCUCUGGCUGCUGCUGCAUUUGGCCAUGUUGCGUUUACCAACAUGGAUGACUAUGAUCCUGAUUCAGUGACUGAGGCUGCACUCAAAUUUGAGUCAGCAAAGGUGACGCGUCUUGCGGAAGACAAUCUUGGCAGCCGUCUCGAGAUUGUUCGGCGCUUGUUCACACAUUUCACACAAGGUAGCGGGAAUGCCACUUUCAUGGACCAGGGACUUGACCUUGCUCGGAAGAAGAAAAUUGACGUUGACAAACGGAUGAUGCGACUGGUGUCUUGGGGACUCUUGAGAAGAUGGCUCCUUGUUGAGCCGUUGGAUCUCUCCGUGACGGGCGGUGGUCCGUUUUUGGCGGAUGGUUUCCAAAACUUCCAAAACUUCCUGACCUACCGGGAGACAUGGGAGAUGGGGCCGGGGGAGGGUCUGGUCUACCCCAAGGCUGCGAUGCAGUACUCAAUGGAGAACCCGCAGGUUCUUGAGGAGAAGAGCAGUGAAGGUAAAACAAUGUUGAUGGAAGCGAGUUCGGUACGCUUUAGACAUAACACAGGUGACACUGAUCCUUUCAAAUGCCUUUUGGCGGAAGCAAAGCUGCAAGAGACUCCCAUCGACCAAAUGUCGGCUAAAGGUGAGACUGCCGCGAUGCUGGCAGCACAAGCUGGCUUGUUGGAUAACUCCAAAGAGCUUGAAGAAUUGAAAGUGGAGAAGGAGAUAGAGGACACCAGUCGGGUUUACCAUUUCCAGUACAUGCUGCUCUUAGUGGUGGGUCUGCACAUAGCCUUUGCUGCUGUGGGCCUCGCGUGUUCCUACAGCGACACCGGUGACAAGCAAGAACGUACCGGGCAUCUGCUGGAUUGUUUGGUGAAAAUCGUCAUUCUCACAGCCUGCAAUGGGUUGAUCCAUUACGCUCUGCUCCCCGGCCUCUUGCUUCGACCUGACGUGCUGCUGCAGGUUUCAUGCAACCUUUACCUUCCGAGCAGUUGGCCCAUCUUUGCCCUGCUCGCCGCCGCCUUCUCGGCCUUUAUGAUCAAUGACCUCCGCAGUGCUCUUGCCGAAGCCAAGAAGGGUGUUGUCGGCAGCCAGACCGUGACAGCAGUCAACAUAUACCAGGAUCCCAAGGUGCCCAUCUCGCAUUGCCUGCAAACCUUCGUGCUCUCCUCCAUCUUCGUUGCGUGUAUUACUCCGCUAUGA